AUGCAGCCGUCGUCGCCCCUGACGGACGUCGACCAGGAUGUGAAAAUGGCAAACGAGAAUGGAACAUCUGGACAAAAUGGGGCUGUGGAGGAUGAGGAGGAUAUGGAUGUUAAGGCGAAAGCGCUCAUGCAUCUGCUGAAUACAAGCGAGGUCUUUGUCGCGAUCAUGGCCGAGAAGAUGAAAAAGCAGCAGGAACAGGCGAGACUGGAAGCCACGAAGAAACAGGAACAGCAGCAGAAGGAACAACAAGGUGGGAAAGCGGAUGGAAGCAAGAAGGGAGCCGCGCGGCCGACUGAACGACGGGGGACUCGUGCAAACGCAAGACAAAGCGGAGCGGCCGAGGCUGAGGUGAAUGGUGAACAGAAGGAUGAACCGGCAAAGUCUAAGAGAGGGAAAGGGAAAAAGGCGGCCCCUGCGGCCAAGGGCAACUCCAUCUCGAACUACUUCAAGAAGGUGGACAUGAACGUUGACGAGGCGAAGAACACCACCGUUCAGGAAGCACUGGAGCAUGCUGCUGAUGAGUUUGAAGCCAAACCUACUGUUCUUGGUGAGCAGGAGCUUGUUGCAACCCAACAACCUGCCCCUGUUACUGGCGGUAAGAUGAGGAAGUAUCAACUUGAAGGUUUGGAGUGGCUGAAGUCAUUGUGGAUGAAUGGUUUAUGCGGUAUUCUAGCCGAUGAGAUGGGCUUGGGAAAGACAGUACAAGCCAUAUCUCUAAUUGCCUUCUUCAAGGAACAUAAUGUUUCUGGGCCAUUCUUAAUAUCCGCGCCGCUGAGCACCGUAAGUAAUUGGGUGGACGAGUUUGCGAGAUGGGCCCCUGGAAUCAACACGGUCCUGUACCACGGCACCAGAGAUCAACGUGCAGAUCUCAGGAAGAAGUUCAUGAAUCUCAGGAACCAGAAGAACCCGGACUUCCCUGUCAUCUGCACGUCGUACGAGAUUUGCAUGAAUGAUCGGAAAUUUCUCGCCCAAUACCAAUGGCGCUACAUCAUUGUGGAUGAAGGACACCGUUUGAAGAAUAUGAACUGCCGCCUCAUCAAGGAAUUGUUGUCGUACAACUCCGCCAAUCGACUCCUUAUCACGGGUACUCCACUACAGAACAACAUCACCGAAUUAUGGUCACUUCUGCACUUCCUGCUGCCCGAAAUCUUCAAUGACCUGAACAGUUUCCAAAACUGGUUUGAUUUCUCAUCUGUGCUGGAUAACAAUGGCCAGACAGGCACAAUUGAGCAUCGGAAACGGAAUCUGGUCUCCACCAUGCACUCAAUUCUCAAGCCGUUCCUUCUUAGGCGCGUUAAGACGGACGUCGAGACCGGUCUUCCCAAGAAACGAGAGUACAUCUUGUAUGCGCCUUUGACUGCCGAGCAGAAGGAUCUCUACCGGGAGAUCCUCAAUGGCACAGGGCGUCAGUACCUUGAGGAGAAGGCGACACAGCGUCUGUUGGCGAAGAACGACAGGAUAUUACGCCCAGGAAGCCUAAAGCGCAGUGCGAGUAAUAGCGGAGCCUCGACGCCGAACAAGAGCCUCCGCUCCAGUCGGGAUUCUACCCCCGCAAGCAGGGCUAGCUCUGUACGUAGACGCAAGGCACCGCAAACUUACAAGGACAUCAGUGAUCGCGAAUUCAACUCAAAAUUGCAACGUCUGGAACAAGGUAUUGAAGAGGAGCUAGACAUUGAGAGUAUCGACGAGUCGGAACAAGAAGAGAUUGAAAGAGCAAACACUAUCAAACUUGCCAAGCGCGAAAUUGCUCAGAAGAAAAUGCAAAACCCUGUAAUGCAAGCCCGACUUGCCUGCAACUCACCUCACAACUUCUACUGGCCAUGGGCCGACGACUCAUCCUCUAUUGAUGAAUCCCUCGUCACAGCAUCAGGGAAAAUGCUUCUCCUCGAUCGCCUCAUCCCCUCGCUCCUGAAAAAGGGCCACAAAAUUCUGAUCUUCUCUCAGUUCAAAACCCAGCUCGACAUUCUCCAAGACUGGGCCACCUACCUCCGCUCCUGGAAUUGCUGCCGCAUCGACGGUGCAAUCAGCCAAACAGACCGCCAAGCCCAGAUCAAAGCCUUCAACACAGACAAAGACUACAAGCUCUUCCUCCUUAGCACUCGUGCCGGUGGUCAGGGUAUCAACCUUGUUGCCGCAGACACAGUCAUCCUAUUUGACUCUGAUUGGAACCCGCAGCAGGACCUGCAGGCUCAAGACCGAGCCCAUCGAAUCGGCCAAACGAAGCCCGUUAUCGUCUACAGACUCGCAACUAAAGGAACAGUCGAGCAGACUCUCCUGGAAAAGGCUGAUUCUAAACGCCGUCUGGAGCGUCUCGUCAUCCAGAAGGGCAAGUUCAAGAGUCUGCUUAGUGAGUCCACUGUGAGCCGGGAUGAUGUGGACGAGCUGAAGAGGGCUCUGGGCGAGGAUGAGUUUGAACGGUUUGAGGCUAGCUCGGAUCCGUCCUCUAUCCUGUCAGACGAAGACCUGCGUACCCUUACGGAUCGCAGUGAGGAGGCUUAUGUGCGUGCUGAGAAGGGUCUUGACCAAGGUGGCAAGGCGUUCAAGGCUGUUGAGACAAAGAGAGAUGGUGAAGGCCUUAUGGCUCAGCUUGAGCGGAAGUGA